AUGGAAGUAAGCGUCAUAGCGCUCCUUGUGUACCGUCGUGAUCAACUGAUCUACACCCGCGAGCCACUUGAAGAACGACCACAACUCCCGCGAUCGAACAUGAGCGUGGAUGGAUUCGAUCAGCAAAUGCCUGCGCAAGGGAACUGUUCUACGUCGGCAACGCUAUGCAUGCAAUUUCUGACAAAUGUUGCAAACAUAAUGAUGGAGAACGCAUUGAAAGGUGGUGCGACAACGGAGCCGAUGUAUUCGACUGAACCAGCAGUCGUCCAAAUGCACUCACCGAUGUCGUCAUGGCCAAGUUCAGCAGCGUUGCCCAACAAAUUCAGCUCCUAUUCUGAAGUUGGCAGCAAUGUAAAAGGGCUGAAUUCACCCACCUUACAUCCAGGAUCCUACGAACCCUAUUUGGCACCUAAUACGUAUCGCCUAUAUACAAUGCGUUUCUGCCCGUAUGCUCAACGAAUGGUUAUCUAUGUAGCAAAGAAGAAUCUACCGAUCGAGAUUGUCAAUGUAAAUCCUGACAAGGGGCCUAGUUGGUACUUGGCGAAGUCACCUCUUGGCAGCGUUCCAGCCCUAGAGAUUAAUGGAAAUGUAAUUUGGGAGUCCAAAGUACUGGCUGAGUAUUUGGAUGAGAUGUUCCCGUCUACUUCAGUGCUUCCAAAGGAUCCAUUCGAGAAGGCGCAGCAGAAGGUUUUGACCGAGCGACUCUCUUCGCUGAUGAACGUCCUCUUCGACUUAUUCAGCUCAAAAACACCUGCAGCACAACGAAAAACUGAUGGCGCUCUUCACUCAGCACUCCGCGGGGCGGAAGCGUUGUUGACGGAGAGCUUUUAUGGAGGUCGGCAGCCAGGUUUCCCCGACUACAUGCUAUGGCCAUUUCUGGAACGGCUCGAACUAAUAACUUUGAAUCCAUACACUCAAUUCAGAUACUUCCCUGGUCUACACUACCCCAAAAUGGGCGCAUACAUCGCACGAAUGCAAAGCCAACCUGAGAUUCGAUUUGCUAUGCGGCCAUUGUCACAUCAUAAAGCUUAUGUGGACAGUUUCAAUAGUGGAAACCCAAACUACGACUAUGGUAUUUACACAGGACGAUAG